CCCAUUUGACCAUUUGAUGCCACGCCUGUCCAAGUGCUCGCGCCCAUUCUUCCGCCCUUCUCGCGUCGCGCCUCAAUGAACCGUCCCAGAUGAGUUGGAACUUGCUUGAGCGGUUCAUUGAAUCCGACCAUUUUAAUAGUGACCCGUCGCUGGCCGUGGCCUACCUGGCGCGGUACUCUGACCAUGUCGGCAUCCACUACGUGCUCUGCUCGAAGCUGCGCACGUUUGCGUACGAGGAGCUCGAGUUCUUCCUGCCGCAGCUAUGCCACCUCUUGAUCAGCAUCGACAAUGAGUCCAUGGCGCUGGAGGAGUUUAUCAUCGACCUGUGCGAGGAGUCGGUCAACGGCGCGCUUCUGACCUUCUGGCUGUUCCAGACGUACCUCCACGACCUGGCCGCCGCCCCGAACUCGAACGCCUUCAAGACGUGCCGGCGCAUCUACAACCGCGUGCAGCGCAUCGUCUUCGGCUCGGCCGAGCCCGCGCGCCGCGAGCGCAUCAAGGAGAAUGUGCUGCCCACGACGGUGCUGUCGAGCCUGGUGCUGGCCAGCAUUGCCGCGCCCUUUCUGCCCGCCCACGCCGGCCCGCUGGCCAUUGCGCAGGCGCGAAAGCCGCGGCCCGUUGAGGACAUGAUCUCCGACAACGUGCAGACGGGCAAGAUGGGCCGCAGCAACACCGUCGCCGGGGGCUCGCCGCGCCCGCGCCAGCGCAGGACCGACCAGGGGCACUCUGACCCCGAGGACGGCCGCGCAUCCAAGCCGCCGACGCCGCGUCUGCGAGACCCCAAGGACCUCCGACGCCAGGCUGCCCGCCCGCCGCACACCGCCCACGGCAUGUCCGCCCAGCACCGGCCCUCGCUGCUGAACAUCGACUCCGACGCCCGUCUGAGCUCGUCCUCCCUGCCCGACUUCCGCAACGCCAGGACGUCGUCCCCGCUGCCGACGCCGCCCGCUACCGCUGGCCUGGGACCGCAGGCAGACCGCACGUCUCGCAAGUACCUGGCGCAGCAGCCGCGGCCGCUCACACCGACAGCGCUGUCCCGCGCGCAGAGAGUGCGGCUGCUGCGAUCCAACUACUUCCGCAACGAGACACAGUUCCUGAGUGCCCUGGAGGACAUCUCCAGUCGUCUGGUAUCCGUGCCCAAGCCGGCACGCUUAAGCGCCCUGCGCGCCGAACUGGCUCUGAUAGCACAAGAUCUGCCAGCUGAGGUCGACAUUCCGCUACUUUCCCCGCCGACGUUGAAGGACGGGAUACCGUCCCAGAGCCAGCACCACCGCAUUGUGCGCAUCAACCCAGCAGAAGCUACCAGCUUGAACAGCGCAGAGAAAGUGCCGUACCUGCUCAUGGUUGAAGUGCUGAAGGAGGACUUUGACUUUGAUCCGGACUCAGAACAGAACCAGCAGCUAUUGGAGAAGCUAAUGAUGGAGAAAGGGACGUCAAGAAGGCGGUUGUUCGACAUCACCAACGCGGAGCGUCUGGCGCUUGAUAAGACAACGCCCAAUGGAACUGACAGUGUUUUCGAGCCUUCGAACGGCGACUUGGGCAGCACAACGCUGAUCAAGGAUAUCGCCGAAGACGACCUCGCGUCUGGCCUUGCACGAGUUGCGUUACCAGCAAGCACCAGCAAUGGCAAAUCCACAGCGCCCAGGUCAUCCAGUGGGGCGAACACGCUGGCCUCCAUGGCCACGCUAUCGACCCCACGGACAUCAGAUAUGGAGGUCAGUCGCUCGAGCAGCCCUGCUCCGUCGCGGAAAGCAACAAUACCUUUGAAUAAGAACCAGGGACCGGAUCAGCCGGACUUCACGGCCCUUGCGACCCAUAUGCGGACAGCGGCGCAGAUGCUGGCACAGUUGGAGGCGAGCGGCUCGAAAAGACCACGGACAGAAGUGGCAGCUAUCAAGGCGAAGAUUAUUGCAAGUAUGCAGACCUUGGAAGAGCAGAAUUUCAUGUCGGACGAUCAGGGGCCUACGUUCGAUACUAUUAUGGCAGAGUCUGAUCCUACGUCGAUUAUGGCCGAGCCCGAGGAGCUGGAAGAAGGUAUGGCAGUUGCCACAAAUUCUGGAGCCGGCGCAGCACGCAUGGAGAACGACCUCAAGACUGCUGGUAUGCGCCGCAAGGGUGAUCGCGACGACCCCUCAGCAGCAACCUUUGGCGAAGAGUGGAGUGCCAAACGUGAGCGUGUCCGCCGCUCCUCCCCCUACGGCUACAUGUCCAACUGGGAUCUUAUAUCCGUCAUUGUGAAGACAGGCGACGACCUCCGCCAGGAAGCUUUCGCGUGCCAGCUCAUCCAAGUCUGCACCAAGAUCUGGGAGGACGCCAAUAUCCCCGUCUGGACCAAACGCAUGCGCAUCCUCGUGACGGGCGAGUCCUGCGGCCUGAUCGAAACCAUCACCAACGGUGUCUCUCUGCACUCGCUCAAGCGCUCCCUAACCCUCGCCAGCAUCGCGGCCGGCACGAACCCUCGCAAACGCAUCUCUACCCUCAAAGACCACUGGCUGAAAACCUUCGGCGAGCCCGAAUCCGAGCCAUAUAUUGCGGGCGUCGGCUGCUUCACCCGCUCGCUGGCAGCCUAUAGCGUAAUCUCCUACGUCCUACAGCUCAAGGACCGCCACAAUGGAAACCUCCUCAUCGACAACAUGGGCCACAUCAUCCACAUCGACUUCGGCUUCAUGCUGUCCAACUCGCCUGGGUCGAUGGGCUUCGAAGCCGCGCCAUUCAAGCUGACACAAGACUACGUGGACGUGCUCGGCGGCAUCACAUCCCCGGCCUUCGAAGAGUUUAAGACGCUGUGCAAAAAAGCGUUCCAGGCGCUGCGGCGCGAGGCCGAGCGCCUCAUCAUGCUGGUCGACCUGAUGGGCAAGCAGAGCAAGAUGCCGUGUUUCGCGGCCGGCAGCGCGAGCGUGACGAACAGCUUGCGGGCGCGGCUGAUGCUGCAUCUGAGUAAAGAGGAGGCGGAGGCGUUUGUCGAGGAGCUGGUUGCGAAGAGCGUGGGCAGCUACUACACUAGACUUUACGAUACCUUCCAAUACCGCACGCAGGGCAUCUAUUAGCCACACCCCCUUUUCCACGAUUCCGUGGCAAGUGGCGACCUUGCAUUCUGCACGUGCCGCGGCUAUCUUGCAUUUGAGCCGCAGACACCGGUGUUGGACGAUAGAACUCGCAUUGCAUAGGCCUCGUGGCGAAUAAACUACUAUUACUCCCCCCCCUCUCUCUUCAUACUCCACCCCCAACAGUCUAAUUCGCAGUCGGCACCUCCCCAUGCGCAUCCGCAGCCUCCCUCUUCGCCUCGCCCUUGCGCGCCAGCCCGGGCGCAUGCAGCGCACCCCCGAUCUUCUGCAUCGCCUUGCCGAGCGCGGAAUCUGCGUUCGUCAGCCCUGUCAUCGUUCACACCCGUGCCCAGUUCAACCACUUCUAUCACGACUCCACCACAGCUACAGUGAGAGAUGAAGAGGUAAAGAGAAAAACAUACCAUGCCCCCCCUCCCCC